AUGUUAGAUGUUUUGGAUCCAGACAGAUUAAUACAAUGUCCAUAUAAUAAACAUCAUCGAAUCAGAGCCUGUCGGUUUCCCUAUCACCUUGUGAAAUGUAGGAAGAGCUAUCCUGAAGUUGCAAAGGAAUUGGCCACAUGCCCCUUCAACGCUCGCCAUUUAGUUCCUCAAGCUGACCUUAGUGAUCACAUAACGAAGUGCAAUGACAAAGGAUUCAUUGAGCAAGAUAUAGUGAAUCAGUCCUCUGGCUUCCAGAGAGAGCAGAUGAACGCUGCGAGCACAUGGCAGGCUCCUCCAUGUGAUGAAGACUGGGAGACAGAGUCAUUGGAGCAGUCAGAUUCUCCUUUUGUUUGGGGCAUGACCAAUUCUGGCAUCAACAGUACCACCUUUGAACAAAAGAAUUGCUUGCCUUCAAGAGUACGUGCCCCUGAGUCCUUCCCAUAUGCCGUAUCAUGGAAAGGCUGUAAGUACUAUACAGGUGGUUUUGGUGCUGUGACUGCUGUAGAUGGUGAUGGUUGCUGA